AUGGUCUUGGAGAAAGAAGAAGACGCUUUAGAGCCCGUGAGUCCUACUGGACAGUACUUCAACAGCUCGGCUCUCAACGUCUCCGUUCUUGGUGUUCUGGAGACUGAAGUUCCCAUUGAUGACUCAAAAACUAUCCCUUUCCUCGUGGAUGUUUUUCUCCCCAUCAACCCACGUUUCUCUUCCAUCAUGGUUAUUGAUGAGAAUGGAGAAAAAAGAUGGAAGAAGGUGGAAGUGAAGCUCAAAGACCAUGUUUAUGUCCCCAUUUUCCAGGCAGAAAUGUCACCACAAUUUUAUGACAAAGCUGAUAACCCUUCUCUUCCCUUGACUUUGCCUUCUGUCCAACCACGCGUAGACACAUCUGGUGAUCAUGGUACCAUCCUUAAGACCGUGCCCAAGAUUUUCUCUUUGCUGUUCUACACCGUGUCUGAUUUUUUGGGAAGCCUUAUGAAGAGCAGUUUAGUUGAAGAUGACCUGUCUCCAAUCCGACCAGGAGAUAUUGGUAUUGAGUUUCGUCCAGUUGCUCUUGCCUCAAUGACAUUCUCUCUUGGUCAAAUUAAACAAAUUAAGGCUACUCUUGGUGUGACAAUAAAUGAUGUUAUUACUGGAGCAAUUUUCUUGGGAACUCGGUUAUACAUGCAAGAAAUGAGCAAAGGGUCAAGCGAUCAUUCAAAUUGUACAGCAUUAGUGCUGCUUAAUACAAGAAUGUUUCGUAGUUACCAGUCAAUUAAAGAAAUGGUAAAACCCAAAGCAGAAUCACCAUGGGGCAACCAUUUUGCCUUCUUGCAUGUCCAAUUACCUGAGUUGGUGGCCAGCACUGAGUUAUAUCCAAUAGAAUUUGUCAGGAAAUCUCAGCAAAUCAUCAAGCGAAAGAGAAGCUCUUGGGUUGUCCAUCUCACUGCUGCAUUCGUUGAGAUCGUGAAGAAAUUAAAAGGACAUGAGGUAGCAGCCCAAUGCAUUCAUAAAACAUUGCUGAACGCAAGCAUGUUAAUAACAAAUAUGAUUGGCCCAGUGGAAAAUAUGUCUUUGGCUAAUCACCCAAUUAAAGACAUGUACUUUGUCCUUGCUGGCAAUCCUCAGGUAGGGGUUACAGUGGGAGCUGAGAAGGGCUUCAUAGAUGUCCAAAAGUUGAAGUCAUGCAUAGAGGAAGCUUUCCAGAUGAUGCUCAAAUCUGCUGCCGGUGAAAUUCAGCAAAUGAAAUAA